GACAACCCGGCCUAUCACACCACCUUCUUCCUUCCACUAUUUACGCCAAGCCACCAGAAUCCGUAACCCCAGCAACCAGCGAACAAACAAACCUACGAGUACAAAUUCCCCUUCCAUCCCACCCAAAACUUUCCCCGUCAACUACCACUACCACUACCACCUCACUUCACACUCACUGCAAGACUACGCUCCACCCUCAAUUUCAAGCGGCAAAGAAAAUACCUUCAAAAUGUCAGCUCAACCCCUCACAGACAUAAGCCUGAACCAAUCCUUCGAUCCAAACAUGACCGAAUCUCCCACUCCCGUUGUUCAGCAACUCCACCAGGCCGCCCCGAACACAAACCUUGAAAUUCAGCGUCAGUUGCUUGCGCAGAAGCUCGCAGAGAAGUAAAUGACCCUCCACACUCUCCGCACCCUCUCUCCCCCCCCCUCCCGCUUUUCGCUAGAGGAUACUAAUUGCCCUGAAAACAACAGAACCACCGGAUCGUUCACAUCCCCAACAGACACCAUAAUGACCCCGUGCACUAAAAAGUUGGCGGCGCAAAAGCAGAAGGCUUAUAAGAAGUACGUCCCCCGCUUUUGUUUGUGGAAAGGUUGGAAUGUCAGCUAACGGAGCACCAGGUCCCAACCAAAACUCCUCUCAAAAGCGUUUUUGGGAAUCGCUAUGGAGGGGAAAGAGAAUGAGACUUCUUCCACCUCUACCCCUGCCUCUUCCUCUUUCCCCGCUUCAGGGCUUGGGAAGAGCCUCUCCGGCACGGACUCGUAGUGUCUUCGCUUCGUUUGUUAGCUAGCUAAAAUCACCCAUUUCGUCUCGUUUCAUGCUCCGAGUCUGUCACGUUCCAAUUCUAUCCCUCUAAACCCCUAUUCCUACUCUUGACUACUUCACCGUUUACAGCCCACCCGGAAAAUCACCAAACAAAUUGUUGGUCUUUUCCUCUUUCAUUGAGCGCGGGGGUUUUGCCGCCCUUAUUCUUCCUCCGCGACUUUCUUUCUUCUUUAUUCUUAUAGAGCGUUCACGAGGUUUCCAUCCCCUUCAAUAUUCUUCCGGGUUCUUUCCCGACCCUUAUUUUUUUUUGUGCCGGCCAGUUCAGAAGUAGGGAGCGGUAUGGAAGCGGAACUAGAGAUGCAAAGGGGAAAGGUGUAUUAUUUUUUUCGUACCGGGCGUUAACUGAGUUAUGCUUUUUUUGUGUGUAUCUCUCUGUAGUAUGAUGCCUGGUAUCCUAUGUUUUUUAUGUUUUUUCCCUCUUCUCUUCUCUUCUCUUCUAUUCUCCCCCCAGCCUUUGCCCUCUCGAUUGUGGGUAAUUGAAUUGGAGUGUUUCUUCCUUCCUUAAUCACUUGAGUUUGAGUUC